AGACUUUGUAUGAAAUGAAAAACGACAGAAUAAUACAUUGCAACCCGAGUCGGAUCUGAGUGAACACAACUGUCUGGCUGUUGUGGAGACGCUGCAGCUGUGGUGUUAGCAUGGUCACCAACCGAGCAGUGCAAACAGGCCACCCCAGUCAGGUGUACGUUGCAAUAACCUGGGAAAAACAAUGCUCCUCCCACCGUGAAGGACCGUGUGAGAGCUCUGAAGCUCUUGAAGUGACACGGCUGCACGAUAAGUUCAGCGGACCGGUUCCAGGGCUGGCUGUGGGCAAGAAUCUUUCAAAUCAGGGAACAUGUGGAUGAGAUGACAAGGCAACAGAGAAGAAGACAGCGUUGAGACAUAAGGCGCUUCGGUUCGGGCAGGACAGUGAAGGACCUCAUGACUUCAGACCUGCAGGAGGCCAGAAAUGUGGCUACUGUGUCGUCUGGAAACUCUAAAAAAGAGUCUCUCACGAUGGUCUUGGACUUGUCACAGUCCAAGCAGCUGAAGUAUCUGUCCCUGGGAGUGCUGGUGUUGCAGACCACCUCUCUGGUGCUCACCAUGCGCUACUCCCGAACCCUGGAGGAGGACGAGCCCCGCUACCUGGCCUCAUCUGCCGUGGUGUCCGCUGAAGUGCUCAAGAUCUUCGCCUGCGCUCUCCUGGUCUUCAGGGAGAACAAUUUCAGUUUGCAGGGAAUGAGCUUGCUGCUGAAAGAGCAGAUUGUGAAGAAGCCUGUGGAGACGCUGAAGCUGGCCGUGCCUGCAGGGAUCUACACGCUGCAGAACAACCUGCUCUAUGUUGCCUUGUCCAACCUGGAUGCCGCCACCUAUCAGGUCACAUAUCAGUUGAAGAUCCUCACUACAGCGUUAUUUUCCGUCUCCAUGCUUGGGAAGAGGCUCGGCCUCUACCAGUGGCUCUCCCUGGUCCUGCUCAUGGCUGGAGUCACCCUGGUGCAGUGGCCCACAGAGACUGAUGAGGACACGGAGCAGGAGGUCCUGACUGCAGGCUCCCAGUUUGUGGGAGUCAUGUCUGUCCUGAUGGCAUGCCUGUCCAGCGGUUUUGCUGGAGUUUACUUUGAGAAGAUCCUUAAAGAGACCAAACAGAGCGUGUGGGUCCGUAACAUACAGCUGGGUUUGUUCAGCUUCAUGUUUGGCUUGGUGGGAAUGAUGGCGUUCGACGGCGAGAGCGUCAGGCGGUCGGGGAUGUUUCAGGGCUACAACACCGUCACCUGUGCGGUUGUUGUCCUGCAGGGUGUUUUUCUUGGGGGCGGUGCUGGUUAUUGCUGCCACCUUUCUGUACAGCUACGAGGUCAAACCUGCCAACAGAAGCGCCGUCAAAGUGUAGCCAGAGAGCCGCGUGAGCCGCGCCGCCUGACAGGAGAGACGGCAGCCACCCUGCACACACGGAGCAGGACUCUAGAAACUGUGAGCCAGACUUUGGCACGUGCAGCGUAUGACUGCAGGAAGUGCAGGAGCACGUCACAGCUGCGUGGUGUGUGAAUGAGCCUUUUCACAUCCCCGUGAGAGAGGGGAAAUAACGCUGCUUUUCACAAAGAGGGGGGUCAGUUGUCUUGAGAUACAUUUAUAUGGUAAAGUUUUACGUAUAAAAUAUUUCUAGAUAUAUCGCUGACCUUUGAAUCCCGUGUUGACAUACAAGGGUCCCGUUAAACAAAAAUACGAGCAGUUUAAAAGAAACAAGAAGAGUUCAGGAUUAAACUGCAUCCUCAAAUGUGUUUGGAAGCCCUUUUUUAUGUAGUUUUUAGUAUUUAAACAGUAUAUUUAUGGGAUAUAUGAAAUGGGAAGGGGGCACAGUAUAUUCAGGAAGCAGAAAAGGCAUCAAUCCCAGAUCCUACCUGAGUCAAAGAGAGAACAAAGCUUCCAUCUAGUGGUGGGAUGAGGAGUAGACUUGCUGCAAAGAGGAGGGGUUACCUCCGUCCAGAGAUGCUGAGUGUCUCCUCUUUUUUUUUAUCUUGAGAUGAGAGACAUCUCAAAGAGAACAUGACUGCUUCGACCGUGCUGCUCAGUGUCUUAGUAUUUGUAUCAAAAGCACUUGUUGCAUGGUUAUUUAAAUGUAAAAUAAAGGUCUUUGUCAAUG